UAAUGGAGCACGUCAUCCAGACGAGAUUAAUCGAAUACCUGGAAAAGCAGGACCUCUUGCCGCACACAAUGAUCGGGUUCCGCCCUCAUCUGUGCACGCAGGAUAUCAUGCUUCAGAUUAAACACGACAUUGUCGACUCGCGGUCUAAGGAUGCGAAGGUGAUCCUAGGGCUAGACCUGACGAAAGCCUUCGACAACGUAAAGCACGAGGCGAUACUUACCGGACUUAGCAAUCUAAAUGUGGGCACUAAAACUUUCAAUUACGUGCGAAACUUCCUUUCCGGCAGGACGGCCUGCGUAAAAUUUCAAUCUAUCGAAUCUUCCAUUCUUGAGCUGGGCAGCAGGGGCACGCCCCAGGGCUCGGUGUUGUCCCCCCUCCUCUUUAACGUGGCCAUGUGCGCGCUCCCCGGGCAGUUGGAACGCAUCGAGGGGCUACAAUUCAGCCUCUACGCAGAUGACAUUACCUUAUGGGUCAACCAGGGUAGUGACUCGGAAAUUGAACAAAGGCUCCAGGCGGCGACCGACACAAUCGUGAGGUACGCGGCCGAGCGAGGAUUGGCUUGUUCGCCACAAAAAUCGGAACUAUUCGUCUACAACCCUAGGCAUCUCCGGUGUAAGGCACCGUCGGAUAUUCUAAUUCAGGUAGCGGGAGCAGAGGUCCCAAAAGUAGAACAGAUACGAAUUCUCGGCCUAGUUCUCCAGUCUCACGGCCACAACGGAGAGACUCUAAAGCGACUGGAGAGCCACGUGACGCAGACACUGAGCCUCAUCAGGCGGGUUGCGAGCAAAGGGCGAGGAUUAAAAGAAAAGAAUUUAAUGAGGCUGGUACAAGCUUUCAUAUUCAGCAGAGUUAGCUACUCUACGCCUUAUCUCGACUUAAAGUCGGCAGAAAAGAUGAAAAUUGACGGAUUAAUACGUAGAUGCGUCAAGCGCGCGCUGGGCCUGCCCACGUGCACAUCCACGGAGCGACUUUUGGCGCUCGGGAUGCACAACACGUGGGUGGAACUGGCGGAAGCGGUGCGCACAUCUCAGAUUGAGAGAUUGUGCGCCACAAAAACGGGCAGGACUAUCCUGGCUAAAGUAGGAAUCAAUCCGCACAGGGGCCCAAUCCUGAAGGCAGAAAUUAAGGAGGGAAUCAGAAGCUGGCUAACCAUCCCCCCUUUACCUAAGAAUAUGCAUCCCGAGCAUAAUAAGAUCAGAAGAGAGAAGAGAGCAGAGGCCAUUAGUCUCCGGUAUAGGGAGCUGCCCUCGGAGCAGGUAGCGUAUGUGGACGCCGCUUGUGGCCACGACGGACGAGCGGUAGCCGCGGUAGUCGAUGGCCGCGGCUACCGCUCGAUCGAUGCACAUCCGGGAAACGGCCACGGUACGCGGGCCAUCCUGGGGUUGGAUUUGAAGAAGGCAUUUGAUAACGUCUCGCAUGAGGCGAUACUCUGCAACCUCUCGGAACUAAACGUAGGGCGCCAUACAUACGACUACAUAAGGGAUUUUUUGUCUAACAGGACUGCUCAACUCACCAUAGGGGAUCUGAAGUCGGCACACAUACCACUGGGAAAUAGGAGUACGCCACAGGGGUCGGUGUUAUCCCCUUUUCUAUUCAACACCGCGCUGAUCACGCUCCCUAGGAAGCUUAACGGCAUAGAGGGUACUAGACACACACUAUAUGCUGAUGACGUCACGAUUUGGACGAGUCAGGGAUCAGACGGGCAAAUCGAGACGGCUCUACAAGAGGCGGCGGACAUCGUAGACGCCCACGCCCGUUGGGCAGGACUGGAAUGCUCCCCACAAAAGUCGGAAUUGCUAGUUAUCCGUAAUAACGGAAGGGCCUGCAAAACGAAGCCGAACAGGAUACAGUUGAAAAUUCAGGGAAACGAAAUUCCGGAAGUAGACACAAUGCGAGUGCUUGGGAUGUACAUACAAUCCAACAGAUGCAACAAGGUAACGCUGGACAGGUUGACGACAUCGGUCCAGCAAACUAUACGGCUCAUUAAGCGCGUGGCGACUAGGCGACAGGGCAUGAAAGAGCGCGAUGCAUGUCGGCUUGUUCAGGCGUUUGUAAUCAGUCGGAUCGUGUACGCCACUCCUUACCUAGACCUCAAGAAGGCCGAGAGUGAAAAGCUGAAUUGUUUGAUAAGGCAGGCGUACAAGGCGGCUCUUGGUCUCCCCAGGAACGCGUCCACCGUGAGACUUCUAUCUCUCGGGGUUCACAACACUCUUGAAGAGCUCAUUGAGGCACAUCUCACAUCGCAAGAGCGGCGGCUCAGGCAGACUGAGACGGGGCUCUGCAUCCUGAGAAGCUUAGGCAUGAGGAGUGGAGAUCCUUCAAGCCAGAUGACUUUACCGGUAGAGAUGCGCGAAAUCAUUCGUGUCAAACCUCUCCCCAAGAACAUGCAAGCGGGUCGUCACGAAGGCCGGAGGAGGGCCAGGGCGAAGACGUUAAGCAAAAAGUAUCAAGGGGACGAUAGUGCCGUGUACGUUGAUGCGGCAGAAUACAAGCUUACUACAGGCCAACAUGCUUUCGCUGUGAGUGCGGUGAGCAUCUCGCGCAGGGUAGCGGCCACGGUGAUCACGGGCCGAGUGGAAGAGGCCGAAGAGGCCGCAAUAGCACUAGGGAUUGUUCAAAAGAGCACCAACACCAUUCUAAGUGAUUCCAAAACGGCCCUUCGCAAUUUCUCGAGGGGACGUAUCUCCACCACAGCAUACAAAAUUCUUAGCACGAUGCCAAACGAUAGGAAGGAAGUGGAUCUGGUAUGGGUCCCGGCCCACGUGGGCGUCCCGGGGAACGAGUCCGCUCACCAAUAUGCUCGAGGUUUUGUCAGCCGAGCAGGUGAUGGGGACUUGGACGUCGGGGCCCCACGAGGUGAGGCACUGGAUACGUAUCAGGCCAUAACCAACUAUUACAGGGAGCUUAGAAUGAGCCUGCCUCCUCCGCACGUUUCGCUCAGCCGAGAACAGGCUACCACGUGGCGGCGGCUGCAAACGCGGUCGCAGCCAAACCCGUGGACAUACGCCAAUAUCUUUCCCGAUCUAGUAAACCCGUACUGUCAACUAUGCGGCGAGCCUGCCACCUUAGACCACAUAAUCUGGGACUGCGCGAAGGAUCCGCCUCCGGCAGAUCUAGUUUCAUCUCCCUCACUUGAGCAAUGGGAAGCUGUGCUGGCCAGCCCGGACCUGGACGUCCAGUCCCGGGCCUUGGCAAGAGCGCAAGAGGUCGCCGACAGACUUCAACUGCCGACCAUGUGGAGCAGCUGAAGGAACCGAAGAAGGUC